ACAGCUGCCAAAGUUUCCAAGUUCUGAGAACGAUUGUUGGUCCCAACGAGGAACGAACCGACCGUGUGAACGACUCGCGUGAUUCUAUGUCAACAUUUCUUUUCGACUGAAACGGAGUCUUAGGAUGUAUACUACUGGACUGACCCCGUUCUAUGCCUCCAAUUUUAAUCUGUGGCCCGCAUACUGCUCCGGUGGUUUUGCUUUGGACGCCGUAAAAAAGCCUUCGUUUUGCAUCGCCGACAUCCUGCAUGGAGAGUCCGAGAACGUCCCCGGUUCUUCGACGUUUGUCGCUCAUUUGGGACACCAUGCUCAGCUUCAGAGCUCGGCAUCACCGCUACGACCCUCGCCGGUGACCCCAGAAUCUUCAGUAUUCGCCUCCAGAAUGUCCCCGGUCUCUUCUUACCAACGUCACUCCGGGAUGCACGCGACCCUUUCUGCCUCGUCCCGGGUGCACCUCAGCGGCUCUCCACCACAGGCCCCGGCUCCUUCCAGCAAAGACCUCAAGUUUGGAAUUGAUCGCAUCUUAUCUUCGGAAUUCGAUUCUAAACCAAAAGACUGUUCUCCUCUAAGAGAUCUCACGCCAGUUAUCGGUGCGAAUCGCCAUUCGGGGGUGCGUUUGUCCAUACAGCCUUCAGCGAGUCAGUUCUUCGCGUCGUUGGAGACUGGAAUCGGUGAGCCACCGUCGAUCAUGAGCAACGGUGCCAGGCACUCAGUACAGCAACAGUUUCAGGACACAUUCCCAGGUCCUUAUGCUGUUCUAACAAAAGACACAAUGCCUCAGACGUACAAACGGAAGCGCUCCUGGUCCAGGGCGGUCUUCUCUAACCUCCAGAGAAAGGGCCUGGAGAAAAGAUUUGAGAUUCAGAAGUACGUCACCAAACCAGACCGAAAGCAACUGGCCGCGAUGCUGGGCCUCACCGAUGCUCAAGUGAAGGUGUGGUUCCAAAACAGAAGGAUGAAAUGGAGGCACUCAAAAGAGGCGCAGGCCCAGAAGGAGAAAGAGAAGGAGCUGAGCGACAAGUCCCCGAGCUCCGCGUGUUUGGAGGCAGAGGCGCGGCGGCGCAGCUCCGAGUCCGACAGUGACGGCAGCGCGUCCGACUUCGAGGUUGUGCCGGAGAAACGGGACUGUGACGUCACAGAGCAGCAUACGGCCAGCGUCAUCAAGUCGGGCGCGACCCCCGAGGAGCCAACGCUGCAGGGUAAAGAGGCAACAACAGAGCCAGUGACAGCGAUAUCUACGACACAGAUUGUACUGCAAUGAAGACACCAAACGCGGUGACGACCUCGCGAGGCCCGUCCAGUGACUUUACUAUCAUGGACGCCGAAGGAGUUAAGCUGCGAGUGACCACUUGCAGUGACUGUACGCCGUCUCGAGAUUCUUUCAUGUUGUCCCAGCCGGCAGGACUUGACCUUUUCGUCAUUAUGAGCCGUCUUCAGUGGACGUGCUGUGGCCGAUGUUUCUAAAACGUUCACGCACUUUCCCCCGGCGUGUCUCUCUUUGUAGUAACACGAGGUGGUUUUGCAUCCCAUAAUAAGGAUAAGGCGGACACACUGAGCUGAAAUGGAUCAUUUGGGCCAGAACGUGACUUUUUAU